CCGCCCCCGCUCGAGUCAACUCAGCCGCCGCCGCCGCCGCUCAAUUAUUGUUUUCCUCGUCGCCGCUCCAAUCCUCCCCUUCCCUUCCCAGUUCGCGGCUUCACUCGGAGUCGAAUCGCAACUCAACUCAACUCAACUCAACUCGCCGAAGCCGUCGACGCCGCCGCCGCAUCGCCGCCGAGGAUCGCCCCCCCAGAUCCCGCGGCUCCUUCGAGCUGAUCUCUGUCUCUCUUUCUCUCUCUAUCUUUUCUCGGCUUCGAUUCGGCUCGGUCGUUUUCGGUUUUCGGUUUUUUCUUCUCGGCUUCAAUCUCCCUCCCUCCUUUCUCCUUCGUUUUCCCUCUCUUUCUCUUUCCCUCCGCCCUGCAAAUUUUCCCGGAAAACGGAAGUCCCGACGAUCCCUCGAAUCUCUCCCUCUUCCCGAGCUCCGGCCGAGCUCCGGCCGAUCGGGUGUGACCAUCGUUCGGCUCCUCUGGAGAGAGAGAGAGAGAGAGAGAGGACUCCAUGGACGAAGAGCGCUCUCGGUUGCGUCCGCCGGCGAGUCGCUGCGUCCGACCGUGAGCUGCGCUGCCGCCGGAGCCGGCGCUCCGCCCCGCCAGUUCGAUUUCGCGCGAAUUUCUCAGUGAGGGAUCCGAAAUUCUCGUCCUUUUUGUCUGCGCGGUUCGAAAUGUUCAUGCUUUGAAGCUCGUUCGAGAAGUGAUUUCGAGGGAGGCAUCGGCGGCUUCGGAUUUCGUCUCCUCGCUUCGCUUCCUUGUGAGGAUAGAUUUCUGGAAUUGGCGCUGCGACUGGUCUGCUAGACGGGAGCUCUUGGUGGGGAAGAAGGGCGAAUCAGAUGGACUGGAAUGUCAAUAGUGCGUACAAAACUUACAAAGAUAUGGAGCCGAAAUCCGUGAUGGACAUACCAGUUCCAUCGACAAUGGAUUCACUAGAUAGUGGGCUGGGUUCUUCAGAAAAGGGAAAUGCUGUUCCUUCAUCAAAACCGAGAAAGAAGACAAUGACGUCGGUUUAUCUCAAGUACUUUGAGACUGCUGCUGAUCAGAAAAGUAGAAGUUGCAAAUUCUGCGGGCAGAACUACUCCAUUGCCACAGCCACUGGAAAUUUGGGGAGGCACCUUAGCAAUCGCCAUCCGGGAUAUGACAAGGCAGGGGAUGGUCUCACCAAUUCAACCCCUCAGCCAGUUGUCACCAUUGCUAAAAAACCUCUGCCCCAGGGGAAACCAACCAUUCAGGUGGAUUAUGAUCACUUAAACUGGUUGAUCAUGAAGUGGCUCAUUCUAACUUCUCUACCUCCCUCGACCUUGGAAGAGAAGUGGCUUGUGAAUUCCUACAAAUUUUUAAACCCCUCCAUACAUCUCUGGCCUGGAGACAAAUACAAAGUUGUACUUCGUGAAGUUUUUAGGAGCAUGCAGGAAGAUGUUAAGGGGGCUUUAGAGCAGGUUUCUUCUAAGAUAUCAAUCACCCUUGACUUCUGGACUUCUUAUCAAAAAAUCCUCUAUAUGAGUGUCACUAGCCAGUGGAUUGAUGAGACUUGGUCCUUCCAGAGGAUGCUUCUCGAUAUCUGUCAUGUACCUCAUCCUUGUGGGAGCACUGAAAUUUACCACUCUCUGGUGAAGGUUCUCAAAACAUAUGAGAUCGAAGGAAGAGCCCUCUCCUGCACCCACGAUAACAGUACAAAUGCCUUGCAUGCUUGUCAUACACUGAAAGAAGAUUUAGAUGGUAGGAAAAUGGGGCCCUUCUGUUAUAUUCCCUGUGCUGCUCGUACUUUGAACUCGAUCAUUGAUGAUGGAUUGAAAACAACCAAGCCAAUACUAUUCAAGGUCCGGGAAUUUGUUCUCGAGCUGAAUGCUUCUUCAGAGAUCUCAGAGGAUUUCAUUCAACUGACAACUGCUUAUCAAGAAGGAAGUUGGAAAUUGCCCUUCGAUGCAUCACCACGGUGGAGUGGCAGUUACCAGAUGCUUGAUAUGGUCCGCAAGGCUAGUAAGGCUAUGGAUGCUAUAAUCAGAAAGCACGAUGAAACUCUAGGCACUAAAUUGCUGUUGAACUCUGCGGAGAAGAAUGCUGUGAGCGUCGUCCAUGCUUAUCUCGAGCCUUUCUACAAGACCACAAACAACAUAUGCACGAACAAAGUCCCCACCAUCGGGCUGGUUCUCUUCUUCAUGGAGCACAUAUCUGAGAUGAUCGCUUCCUGCAGAGACUCGCGACACAACCCGGACUGGCUAAAGAGCGUGGCAGAGGAUAUGGUGAACAAGUCGAGGAGUUACAGCGGCCAAGUCUGCAACAUCUUCACUUACAUGACGGCGAUUCUGGAUCCCCGAAUCAAGUGCGAACUAAUUCCUGAGAGUCUCAACUUGGACAAUUAUCUAGAAGAAGCAAGAACCUACUUCAUGAGAAAUUACUCAGCUAGCCAUUUCGCUUCUCUGGCUAGCGCAUACGGUCCUCAUGAUGUUGAAGACGGAGGAAGCGUUUCUUUUGCGGAGGAAAUCGCUCGAAAGAAACGGAGGGCAAGCAUGAAUGCCACAACUGAUGAGCUCACCCAGUAUCUGUCGGAAUCUCCCGCUCCAUUAUCAACCGACGUUUUGGAAUGGUGGAAGGUCAAUAGUACACGGUAUCCCCGUCUCUGUCUCAUGGCGCGGGAUUUCUUGGCCAUCCAGGCGACCUCAGUUUCUGCUGAAGAUAUAUUCUGCGGUAAGGGCGACGAGAUAGAUAGACAGAGGUAUACAAUGCCGCAUGAUAACACCCAGGCUCUACUGUGCAUAAGGUCAUGGUCUCAGGGUGGGAUCAAGUUGAAGUACAAGUCGGCCGAAAUAGAUUAUGAGAGGUUGAUGGAGAUGGCAGCCGCCGCCGCCGCCACCGCAGAAAGCAGCACCUGUAUUGACAAGAAACCCAAAUGAUGACGAGAUACGCAACAGCAGCAUAUGAGAAAGAAUAAUUAAGAUAAUGCCCAAAACGCCUUCGUGAUACUUUCACAUCAUCAAGCAGGAAAACCCCAAGAGCUAACUUUUUUUUUCCACCCUUAGGUCUCUGUUGUAUGCAAGAAGAGAAUGGUGUACUCAUACUGAGGAAAACUACUGAUUGAUGUACAGUGUUAAUGUUAUGCGAAUGCUAACCCCCCAAGGAAAAACUGAAGAUUUCUCA